AUGUCCGGUGACGUGCCCGCCACUCCGCCGUCUGCUCUGGAUGUUGCCAGAUUCGUCGGCAAAACCGUCGGCGCAGGCGCGGCACUGACAGCUGCUGUCUACUUACUCCGCAAAGUCUGCUUAAUAAUGGCCUGGAAAUCUGGAGGAGCCAGCCACGCAGAGCUCGUCAACAACCUCCGCAAAAAUGGCAUUAUUAAAUCCGACAAGGUCUAUGAAGUCAUGCUGGCCACAGACCGAGCCCAUUUCUCUAGGUGUAAUCCUUACAUGGACUCGCCGCAGUCAAUAGGUUAUCAAGCAACCAUCAGCGCCCCACACAUGCACGCCUACGCCCUGGAGCUCCUACACGACCAGCUCUACGAGGGGGCCAAAGCUCUGGACGUCGGCUCCGGGAGUGGAAUCCUGUCCGUCUGCUUCGCACGAAUGGUAGGUCCUAAAGGGAAAGUUAUAGGAAUUGAUCACAUCAAAGAGCUGGUAGACGAUUCUAUAAACAAUGUGAAGAAAGAUGACCCCAGUUUGAUAACAUCGGGCCGAGUCAAGCUAAUAGUGGGAGACGGGCGAAUGGGCUACGCCGAGGAGGCGCCUUAUGAUGCUAUCCAUGUCGGCGCAGCGGCACCCACCGUCCCCCAAGCCCUCCUGGACCAGUUGAAGCCCGGCGGCCGGCUGAUUCUUCCCGUCGGCCCGGCGGGAGGAAACCAGAUGUUGGAGCAGUACGACAAGAUGGAGGACGGCAGCACCAAAAUGAAACCCUUGAUGGGGGUGAUUUAUGUGCCUUUAACAGACAGAGACAAGCAGUGGUCCAGGUGGAAGUGACUUCCUUCUCCCCCUCCUCCCCCUCUCUCCUUCUCACAGUGGCAAAGGGAUGAACUUUGAAGAGGAAGACCGUCCAUAAUCCACCGUUAAGUUUGAACCUGGAGAAAGUUUGGAUGGGGUCAAACAGCCCUUGAGAUUUUGUUCAAAGCAUAACAAAACAUGCUUUUUUUUUUUUUUUUUUUUGUUUAAGUCUAACGAUGGACUAGAGUAUCACAUUCAUGACAGCCCAGAAAGGCUGGGAAGAGACUGCUUGAAGCUCAGCAAAGAAAUAUUUGGGGAGGGCGUUUUGUUUUCCUUUUCAGGCCUGCAUCUUUUUGGUUAUGUAUUAUUUUUAACUGCUGGAUUUUAGGUUUUUUGUUUUUUUGUUUUUUUUUAUUGUUGUUUUUUUUUGCAGUUUCAUCAUCUGAAUUGCAAUCAGCUAUUUUUAGAGUAUUACAUUUCAGCAGCAUCGGGGCUGAAUGUAGGAGGAACGCCGGACAACGAUGAGGAAAGCCUGAGAGUUUUAGAUAAUUCACUUAGCUACUGUGUGUGUGUGGGUGUGGGUGUGUGUGGGUCAUCUAACCGUAGACUUAUCUGCUAACAUAUGAGCUUUCUUCCCCCUUGCGAGCAGUACUAGGAACACACACACACACACAGGCAAAACAGUGGCUGAUGUAACCCACACAUCCUGUUUGAUGUGCAGCACUCUUUGUCAUUCUACACAUAGAAUAAGCAAACGCAUUGGAUCACACUCAGCAUAACUCCAAAGAGAGCGGCGCACUAAUAACACCCGACACACGUGCACAUACAGGGCUGUGCUUUCCACUUGGUGAUGUGUUGCUUUCUGCCGCUGGUUUUCCAUUAACAAUUUGUGCAGGCUCUUCUAGUGACUGAUGAAAAAUGGGAUAGUCACUGCUUUGCCAAAAUAAACUCCAACAAUAUAAAGCAAAA